AUGAAGAUAAACAUUCAGCACCUGAAGAAUAAAUUUGUUGUAGAGAUUGAUGACCUAGAUAUUACAAUUGAGGAGUUGAAGAAGAAGCUGGAGGGAGUGAUGACUGAGCCUGUUAAGAUUCCUGCGACUGAUCAGGCGUUGAUAUUUGAACGUGAGAAGAUGGACGAUGGUAAGAAGCUUGCAGACUAUGUGAAGAGUACGAAGGACGAGAUUAAGUUGUUUGUUAUUAAGCAGCAGAGGAAUGCUAAUCCAAUAUCAAAACCGGUAGCAAGCUCUGGUCAUGAAAGCAAUAAUCAAGUAAAUUCGACACCGAAUCCAUAUCUCAGCAGUAAUCAACCAAUGAACAAUCCAUAUGCAAUGUAUGGACAGAUGCCGUAUGGGUAUGGAUCUCCACAGCCAAUGUAUGGACAGAUGCCGUAUGGGUACGGAUCUCCACAGCCAAUGUAUGGACAGAUGCCGUAUGGAUAUGGAUCUCCACAGCCAAUGUAUGGACAGAUGCCGUAUGGAUAUGGAUCUCCACAGGGAGAUGGAUACAACAACGAGGCGUUUUCGAAUGCCAUGAUGCAGCAAAUGGAACAAAUGCUGAACAAUCCGGCGUUGUUGGAUCAAGUGUUGAGCAUUCAGAAUCCAAAUAUGACACCCGAGCAAAAGGAAGAUCACAAGAAGUUGUUGAAAGAUGCUUUGAAUAUGAUGAAAUCAAAUCCGGGGCUUUUCCAACAAGCAUUUACGCCUGAGAAUGUGAACAUGGCAAUGAACUCGAUGAAUAUGAUGGGGCAAGGAGGAAUGUAUCCACCGUAUCCACCAGCUCCGAUGGGCGGCUAUGAUCCAAGGCACCCUAAUGCAAGGAUCGCAUGGAAAUAUGGCGGAUAUCAAUCGCCUAUGUAUGGAGGAGCAAGACCUGAGCAGCAGCCGCAGCAAUUUGAUGAGCAGGCAUAUCUGAUAUCGUUAGAGCAGCUAAAGUCGAUGGGAUUUGAAGAAAACGAGGCCAUGGAUGCAUUAAAGAAGGCAAAGGGAGAUAUAAACAGAGCUUUGGACAUACUUCAUGAUGAAAGGAGGAAGAAUAGCCAAAGCAACGGAUCAUAUUCAAAAAAAUAA